CUGGCGUAGCAGAACAGAAAAAGUGAUUGGAAAAAUAGUGUUGCACUUCGUGUACGCAUUUCAAACGUGCACCCAUGGUUGCUCAACCUAUCUCUAGUUGAAUUGGUUCUACGCUGAACUAAUUCGUGUGAUUUUCGCCAAAGGUUUACUGCUAAAACUUGGGGAUUACUUUCCACCACAAAAUUCGAUUCCACUGCGGGCAAAGAACACACAAACCCUUUCGACGUAGCGAUAAAACCCCUUCCACCCCCUUUCAAACGUGGUGUAGCGGUAGUAUCACCCACUAAUGUGAUUGUUUAACAUCGUGAUACAGAAGGGGACCAAAAAGAGUGAUUGCAUUGUGCUUGAUUUGUGGAUACAUUCGUGACCUGCUUGGAUCACGUUCCAUUUAACGAUUUGUAGUGUUUGGUUGGUACAUUAGGCGGCGGACGGAUCGUCGAAGCAUAUAAUCCCAAAGUGAGAGUUGUUACGAAAGAAGGAAGAAAGUAAGCCAAGAUGUCAGUAACAUUCGAGCAAAUUAUACUUGACGCAAAACGGAUCGCCAAUCGACUAAAGGAUCGUGAAGCACUUGGAGAUGCGCUGCUGCUCGAGUCCGAGUCGGUUAACAAGCAGAUCGAAUCGAUGCGACAGUUCCAGGACGAUAUCGAUAUACUGAACAAACUGGCACGCGAUCGCUCGAACAACCAGCUGAUUACGAUCAUCCACCAGGAAAACCCGCAGAUCCGGGAGAUACAGCAGGAAAACCGGUUGCUCAAGGCAGCCCUCGAGGAUCAUCAGCACGCACUGGAGCACAUUAUGUCCAAGUACCGGGAACACACACAGGCCAAGAUACUCAACACGAAGGUGAACUUCGUGGAAGCGUUCACGCGCCACCAUCAGUCGGCCGACAUCGAGCGGCGGGACGAGCUGAUCCGUCAGCAGACGGCCAAGAUACAGGAGAUGGCCGCCGUCAUGCAGCGCGUCUCGCAGCUGGACGAGGAAAAGCUCAACCACGAGCAGGAGGUGUUGAGUAAGCUUGUGACGGAGAAUAAGGGACUUCGGGAGUUGUUGGAAAUUUCGCACAAGUACGGUUCCGGUGGGCAGAAAAUCAUGGUGGAUGAUAAAUCCACGCAAACCGACAGCUACCUGCUGGAUGAGCUGAUAGAGGCGGCCGUUACGGCGAGGGUAAACCUAUCGAAGGUUGCUGGUGUUAGUACAUCCACGCAAAUAGCAUCAUCUGUAUCACCCGGCACUUCCUUGCCCUCGGCUCCCAAGUCACCGGCGGUCACAUCAGGUACAGGAAACCCAAGUGCGGCCAAAGUGGGCAGCGAAACUACAGCUCCAUCCGCAACCAGCACAACUAGUGACAAGUCUAGCAACGAUACGGUAACAAGCACUGCUCCAGCGAGCAACGCGCCUACUACGACAACUUCAACAACUACACCAGCGACUGUCACGACGGAAGCAUCAUCGACACCAAGCCCAACCCCGGUGGCUGUGGUUGCAGCAACCACAGCAAGCGCCAGCGCCUCGUGACGCGAUUCUGGUGAAAGUCAGGUUUCGGUUUUGUUCUGUUGCCAAUCAGCCCUUCUCUAGACUGUCGAAGAACGAAUUCAAACUUCCAUGCACUUUGACGGAAUGAACAAUCUCAACAGAUCCGGUCUACACUCUAAACGCGCACUCGAUCGUAGCACACUACACGCAUUUCUCUGAUUUGUGCACGAAUUUUUAAGAAUUUGAUUUUAACCACAGUCCACUUCCAUUUUAAACACCUUCGGAAUCUUAUCGACGUUUAGGGCAUUUUUCUCCAAAUCCGUUUGGCAUCGU